ACACAGGGACACGCCGAGAACCCAGCCGAAUCCAAGUCCAAGAUGAUUCCUCCCGCUGUGUAUAUAAUUGCCUCAGCCUACUUGCUGUAUCUGAAACAACAAACAAAGACCAAUAAUUCUAAGCACAAGUGUUGCAAGCCACCAUGCUCAUCCUCCUCCUGCUCUUCUCCACCCUGAAUCUCCCAACAAGUGACGCCAUUGACACCCUCACCUUGGGCCAGUCUCUCCCAUGGAACCAGACGUUGGUCUCCAAGGGUGGUAACUUCGAGCUCGGUCUCUUCUCUCCGGGCAACUCAAAGAAGCACUACAUAGGAAUCUGGUUCAAGAAGAUUUCCAAGAAAACCGUCGUGUGGGUGGCGAACCGCGAGCGCCCGAUCCUUGAGCCGUCAACCUCUCGCUUCACGCUUAGCAAGAACGGCGAGCUGCUCCUGCUCGCGACGCCGUCGAACGCCUUGCUAUGGUCGUCGAACGCGUCCUCCCCGUCGCCGGCGGGCACCACUGUCGCCACGCUCCAGGACGACGGCAACCUCGUGGUGCGGAGCAACGCGACGGCGGCGGCGUCCCUCGUGGCGUGGCAGAGCUUCGACCACCCCACGAACACGUGGCUCCCUGGAGCCAGGCUCGGCUACGAUAGGGGCCGUGGCGUGCACAGCUUCCUCACGUCGUGGACGGACUCCGAGAACCCGGCGCCCGGCGCCUUCUCCAUGGAGAUCGACACGCGCGGGCGGCCCAAGUUCGACCUGCUCGCCGGCGGCGCGCACCAGUACUGGACGACCGGUGUGUGGGACGGUGAGAUCUUCCCGAAUGUGCCGGAGAUGCGGUCGGGUUACUUCGUCGGCGUCCCUUACGCGCCGAACGCCAGCGUGAACUUCUUCAGCUACCACGACCGGAUACCGAUGGGCAUCGGCAUCUUCACGUUGGACGUGAACGGGCAGAUGCGGCGGCGGCAGUGGAGCCAGUCUGGUGGGGACUGGAUCCUCUUCUGCUCGGAACCCCACGACGCGUGCGACGUCUACGGUUCGUGCGGGCCCUUCGGCGUGUGCAGCAACACCACCAGCCCCGCGUGCCAGUGCCCCGCAGGCUUCGCGCCGCGGUCGCAGGGGGAGUGGACGUUAGGGAACACGGCGUCGGGGUGCGCGAGGCAGAGUCUACUGGAGUGCUCCAACGACGGGUUCCUCAAGCUGCCGUACGCCGUGCAGCUCCCGAACGGCUCUGCGGAGGCGGAGGCCGGAGACCGGAGCGACAAGGCGUGUGAGCUCUCCUGCUUGCGAGACUGCUCGUGCACCGCCUACGCUCACGAUGGAGCGAAGUGCUCGGUGUGGAAGGGCGAGCUCGUCAACCUGAGGACACUAUCGAAUGAUCAAGGCGACGAUGGCAUCGCGGGGGCUGUUCUUCACCUCCGCGUUGCGGCUUCGGAGGUGCCGCCGGCGUCGGCGGCGCAUUCUUGGAAGAAAUCGAUGGUGAUGAUAGGUAGCGGAGUAGCGGUCGUGGUCCUACUUCUGGCAAGUCUCGUGAUCGUGGCCACGGUGGUGCUGGUGCUGCGGAAGCGGCGGGGAAAGGGCAAGGUGACGGCGCUGCAGGGCUCGCUGCUGCUGUUCGACUACCAGGCCGUGAAGGCGGCGACGCGGGACUUCACGGAGAAGCUCGGGAGCGGGAGCUUCGGCUCGGUGUACAAGGGUGCGCUCCCCGACGCGACACCCGUGGCCGUCAAGAAGCUGGACGACUUGCGGCAAGGCGAGAAGCAGUUCCGCGCCGAGGUAGUUACCCUCGGCAUGAUACACCACAUCAACCUUGUCCGCCUCCGCGGCUUCUGCUCCGAGGGGCACAAGAGGGUGCUCGUGUACGACUACAUGCCCAACGGCUCGCUGGACGCGUACCUGUUCAAGAACAGCUCCAGCUCCAAGGUCUUGAGCUGGAGCCAGAGAUUCGGCGUCGCGGUUGGCGUGGCCAGGGGCCUGGCUUACCUGCACGAGAAGUGCCGGGAGUGCAUCAUACACUGCGACAUCAAGCCGGAGAACAUCCUCCUAGACGAGGAGAUGGGCGCCAAGCUCGCGGACUUUGGCAUGGCCAAGCUCGUCGGCCACGAGUUCAGCCGCGUCCUGACCACCAUGCGGGGCACGCUGGGUUACCUCGCGCCGGAGUGGCUCACGGGCGCGCCGGUCACAGCCAAGGCCGACGUGUACAGCUUCGGCCUGCUGCUGUUUGAGCUAGUCUCGGGCAGCCGGAACAACGCCCCCUCGUCGGAGGAGGGCGGCCGCUCCGCCAUGUACUUCCCGGUGCACGCCGCGGUCAGGCUGCAUGCGGGCGACGUGGUCGGCCUGCUGGACGAGAGGCUGGCUGAGGCUGCCAACGUGAAGGAACUUGAGAGGGUCUGUAAGGUCGCAUGCUGGUGCAUCCAGGAUGAAGAAGGCGACCGGCCGACGAUGGGGCUCGUCGUGCAGCAGCUCGAAGGCGUUGCCGAUGUUGGGUUGCCACCGAUCCCGUCGCGGCUUCACAUGCUGGCAAUGGUGAAUGGAUGCAUUAGUGGGGGUGCAGAGGAUGAACUCUGUUCAAUGAAUGGUAGCAAAUCAGCAAUAUAAAAAGCGUACCGAGUAGUCGUCGUCGUAUGACGAUAUUACAGAAGUGUGACAUAUAAUUGUAGUUUCAGCAUGAUAUUCCCUGUGUUAGACCAUGUUGAAGUGUGAAGAAGCCGUCCUCUGUAGAAAUAAGCAUAGCAACCAACCAGGCAGGGUUAAGGAUCCUCUGCAAUAGUAGCUUCCCAUUAAAGUUUC